ACUUCAGAAUCUCGCCGGUAUCAUCAGGGUACUUUUCGCCUACUCUUUUUCGAAUAAUAUGAAUUCGGACAUACUACUCUGUUCGCAUACUAUAUAGUAGAGAAGUAUUCAAUUUCGGACGCAGCGCCUAUUCCUCAAGCUAUCUUGACGGUGACCACAGUACGUAAGGGGCGUGCGCGUAUGCUUCAAUGUCGGACAAACAUGCUUUUUGCAGUGCGCGACGUCACUUGAACGCCUCGCAAUGGUGAGAGGCAGAACUCACAGGCACUCAAAGCUCAGCGAGAGGAAGAGCGAGAACACGCGCUCACAGCCACUCUAAAUCUAUCCCCCAUUCAACACAGCAGCGAGGAGAGGUGGAGCGUUUGACAACUGGUCAUGUCAGGACAGAGAAAAGGAGCUUCAGCACGACUUCGAAAAUGUGCCUUCUGUAGAACCAACCGAGACAAGGAGUGUGGACAGUUACUGGUGUCAGAGAACCACAGGGUGGCAGCCCAUCACAAAUGCAUGCUUUUCUCAUCGGCGUUGGUCACAUCUCACUCAGACAGUGAAAACAUUGGAGGCUUUUCUAUUGAAGAUGUGAAGAAGGAGAUAAAAAGAGGAAAUAAACUAAUGUGCACUUCCUGUCACCGGCCUGGGGCAACCAUUGGCUGUGAUGUAAAGACAUGUAGGCGGACGUACCACUAUUAUUGUGCUCUAUGGGACAAGGCCCAGACAAAAGAGAAUCCCUCUCAAGGCAUCUACCUUGUUUACUGUCGCAAACACAGAGAUGCCUCUCAAGAUGGCAGUGACGAUGAACAGGGAGUUGCAGCCAAUGACUCGGAUUCAUCUCCACCGCGGAGCAGGGGAAGGGGGCGUUUCGAGAAAAGCAGAAUCAGAGGUGUGUCGCGCGGACAGUCAGAUGACACUCGAUCCACCUCGUCGCAAGGCAAUGAUGAUACAGAGAGCUCUUCACAUCGGGACCGGUCCCCUCUGAGAGGCAGCCCCAGUGAUUCAGGCCUUCGCUGUGGCUUCUGUCAUGCCGGUGAAGAGGAGAAUGAGACACGAGGUGUGCUCCACUCAGACAAUGCCAAGAAGGUUGCUGCCCACUACAAAUGCAUGAAAUGCACACUUUGUGCCCAGCUUGGAGCCACCAUUGGAUGUGAGAUAAAAGCCUGUGUGAAAACCUACCAUUAUCACUGUGGCCUGCAAGAUAAGGCCAAAUACAUAGAAAAUAUGGCUAGAGGCAUUUACAAGCUUUAUUGUAAGAAUCACAGUGGAAAUGAGGAAAGGGAUGAGGAAGAUGAAGAGAGGGAGAGUCGCAGUAGAGAGAAAGCUGCUAUUGACAACAGAGCAGAUCCUCCAUCGCAGGUCAAUGGAAACUAGAUGGUGAUGAAUGAAGAUGGAAGACAUGAUAUGAUGGGAAUAAAAGAAAUAUUUUUGUAUAAUGCUCAAUUAGAAACUAGGGGCCAGCUCACAAUAUCUGACAAUUUCAGUUUUCCUCUCUUUGACAGUAUUUCAUGGACAUUGAGAAUGUAAGUUCAAUAUCAAAUGAUAUCGAUAUGUUACUGCAGUGUAAAUCAUAACUUAGCUGGAUAGGUUUUAUUUAAACAUAUGGUAUGUUAAUACUUAAAACCAUAUGAUUGGACGGCUGGAACAGUGUCAUCUGUUUGUGCUUGCACCUCCAGUUUCCUCUUUGGCAAACUGCUCUUUGACUGGACCCACUCUGAAAAAGACUGCCCCUGCCGACUGUUUAUAGUGCAUCUCCUCCAAACCAUGACGUUUAAUAAGCCUUUCAAAGUAACUCUCCUUCAUGAAACUGUCUUUACCUCUUUUUUCUCUCUUGCAACAUGUAUUAUAUUUUAUUACUGUAUUAUACUCAUGAGUAAUAUUGGAUAUCUGUGGUUUUCUUUAUAGUACAGGUCAGGAUUAAAGAACAUUGGCUAGCAUGCACUUUUCUCUA